GAUGGGAGACGACGACACGGUGUUUUUCGUGGAGAAUUUGGUGAGCGUUUUGGGGAAGUACGAUCACACGCAGAUGUAUUAUAUUGGGUCCAACUCCGAGAGCGUGGAGCAGGAUUUGAUCCAUUCGUAUGCUACGGCGUAUGGCGGCGGCGGAUAUGCCAUAAGUUAUCCGUUGGCGGCGGAGCUGGUGAGGAUUUUGGAUGGUUGCGUUGAUCGGUACGACAGUCUCUACGGCGGCGAUCAGAAAGUCCAGGCUUGUGUUAGUGAAAUUGGUGUCCCCUUGACCAACGAGCAUGGGUUUCAUCAGGUUGAUAUUCGAGGGAACCAAUAUGGGUUCUUGGCAGCGCAUCCGGUGGCUCCGUUGGUGUCGCUCCACCACGUCGACUACCUUCCGGCCAUUUUUCCGGCGAUGACCAAACUCGACGCCCUGAAGACUUUAAAAACCGUACACGACCUCGAUCCGGGUCGGACCCUUCAGCAAAGUUUCUGUUACGACUCGGCUCGUAACUGGUCCGUUUCGGUCUCGUGGGGCUACAGCGUCCGGCUCUACCCGCGGCUCGUCACGCCCAAAGAAAUGGAGAAGAAUUUUCAGACGUUUCAGACAUGGAAGAGUUGGACCGACGGUCCGUUCACGUUCAACACCCGACCGGUCGGCCCGGACCCAUGUGAGAUGCCUUUGGUUUUCUUUUUGGACCCGGUCGUCGGUCCGAACCAGACAGUAACCGGUUACAUGAAGCACGUUGACGUGUGGGAGAGAGAGUGUGGCCGAGACGAGUUCCAGGCAGCGCAGGAUGUGGAGCGGUUCCAAGUGGUGACUUCUGGCCAGUUGAGUGCUGCCACGUGGAUGAAGGCCCCACGUAGACAAUGUUGCCAAGUCGUGGAUGGUACAACUACCAAUGGCGGUGGAGUUGAUAGUGUGGUGAAUGUCCAUAUCAGAGGCUGCAAUCCCUUUGAGACCGUAACUCCCCCAUAGAUUAAUUAAGGGCUAGAAAACCAUGUUUUAAUUAUCCAAAAUAUAGAUGUCGAUGAAUAUUGUUAGAAAUUUCAAUCUUAAAAUAUUAAGUAAAAAUAUAGACAAAAUAUUGAUA